AGUUUAAUAACUCUGAUAGUGAUAUUAAUCCAAAUUUGAAUGAUAUUCAUGAAACAACAGAAAAGAAUGAAAUUGAUACAGAAUCUCAAUCUGAUAACAUUAUUGCCUCUACAGUAUAUCUUUACCACGUAGUAUCUCCACGAAUUCAACUAAUCAAAGUACAACUACAACUUUUCCAACGAAAAGAGAAAAAAAUCGACAUGCAAUGA